CGUGUCUAUGUGCCUCAACAUGACUCUCCCGGUGGUCUGUGUCGCUUAACACUUGAUUUGAAGCGAGUGCUGCGGUUGCAGAUCAUCCUUUGCGUUAACCGUCCCUGUGUCACUGGCAGGUGUCCUGGUUCAUUCGGUGCUGCCUACGCUUGUUUUAUGUAAGGCAGCGGUCUCCGUGAAUUUCGGUGUAUUUAUUUAUAUCCUGGAGUUGUCACUUGGAGUCGGAAGCGGGUUCCUGUAAUAGCAGACUCUUUUGUGCUGCACACACUUUUUGGGAAGUUGCUUGAGCUGAGGAGUGCCAGACAUGGAUCUUCUAGCUGAGAGGAUUCGGGAACCCCCGGAACUGGAUUACUGUCCUGCAGAGGGACUGGGCAGCAAGCUCGAGCCCAAGCUCCUGGACGCGGUGACGGGGCGGCAUCACGAUGGUUCGCCGGGCGGCCUCGUGGUGUCGCUGCUGCUGCUGCUGUGGCCCGUCUCCUUCCUGUUGGCCACCCUGUGCCUCAUCUGCGUGGUCUGCAAGGUGUACAGCCGGCUCACCCUAGGAAGGUGCUUCUCGAACGCGGACAUGAGCGGCAGGACCGUGCUCAUCACGGGAGCCAAUGCGGGCAUUGGCAAGGAGACGGCGAAGGAGCUGGCCCGACGCAACGCCAGGGUGAUCCUGGCCUGCAGGGACACCAGCAGGGCCGCGGCAGCGGCCAGGGAGAUCUACAGGGAGACCGGGCGAGAGGUGGUCCUCCGGAGACUGGACCUGUGCUCCUUCAAGUCCAUCCGGGAGUUCGCGGACGACAUCAUUGCCGGAGAAGAGAGACUGGAUGUCCUCAUCAACAACGCGGGCAUCGUCCCUUUUCCAGAAAGAGUGGAAACCGUGGACGGAUUUGAGCAGACUUUCCAGACAAACCACCUGGGGCCAUUUCUGCUAACCAACUUACUCCUAGGCAAACUGAAGGCCAGCGCUCCGAGCAGAAUUAUCACGCUGUCGUCCCUGCUGCACCACUUCGGGCGUGUGGACCCGUCUCGGCUGGAAUACAGUGACUACAAGGUGCCCAUGCAGGUGUACAGCGACACCAAACUCGCCAACAUCUUGUUCACCAAAGAACUGGCUCGUCGCCUUCAGGGAACAGGUGUGACGGCCAAUGUCUUGCAUCCCGGUGCAGUGCAGACAGACAUCAACAGCACCUACGUCGGGUUUCUAAACAUAUUCAUGAAUGGCCUCUUCUACUUCUUCGGCAAGUCUCCCGCAGAAGGAGCCCAGACAUCCAUCUUUCUGGCCGUCUCGGACGAAGUGCGCAAGGUCAGCGGGAAGUACUUCAUGGACUGCCGGCUGUCCAUGCCCAGCAGGACAUCCGAAGAUGCUGAACUUGCCAGAAAGCUCUGGGCGGUCAGCGAAAAGAUGACCGGACUCGCCAUCUAGACCGCCAGUACCGAGGACAGGGGCCCCCGUGUAACGAUGUAGUCGUGGUUCGCGUUCCUCAAGGUCGUAGCUCGCUGGACCACAUCAACGUGUCAUCACCGUUAACGUCAUCCUUCCACGGCAGUAAUCACAUCUUGGCCAUUUCAUUAUCACAACAGCAUUUGGUUCCCUUGCUGUUAAAAUGUGCUGUCUCUUAAAUGAUCUGGAGCAUCUACUUUCCCUCAAAACACUCGAGAGAACCGAUUUCUGCAAUCUACGAGGGAAUUGGAGCCCUAACCUGGAGACUUGGCGAAAACGUCGGCGAGAAAUCAGGCGUCCGCGAUUGGCCAACGCCACACUUGACCUUAGCGCCGGCCGAUCAUAGCCGCCGAAUCUCUCGCCGACUUUUCCGCCAAGUGUUCAGAUUAGGGCCCCUAGACGGAUGAGGGGGCUGAAAAUGUGUUUAGUCCGCGCUGUGACAUUGAUCAUGACUAUGUUUUGUUUUUUGGUCUAGAGAUGCUUUUAACGUCGUCCAUAGGCCGCGUUCCCUCCGUAGAUUCCAGCGAUUCGCUGUCCUAAAGGCUUUGCGGGAAGGUGAGCGCUUCCGAUUUCUUAGAGCGUAUAAUAAGAGCUUCCUUCUUUCCUUGUGUGUAAGUGGCGAGCGCCUAUCCUCCAGAAGAACAGUCAUAAAAUAGCAACUAAACUCCCUCGAUGCAGACGGACUACAAAAAGAGCGGCGUACUAGCUGUACCAAUCUUACUCCUUUGUCAUAUUAGCGGUUGAAAUAGAAUGAGAAUUUGUCGUCUAGGC